AUGAAUGGCUACUCCAACCUCGCCUCCUCGCCCCCGCCAGUGGCGGUGGCGGUGGCGGCGGUGACCAAGGGCGCCCGGGCCAGGCGAUCGCUGGAGCUGACCCACACCAAGGAGACCAACGCGUGGGAAGGGCUGGCCAUCGGGGCGGUCACCCUGGCGAGGACCUUCUCCACCGGCUCGCAGAGGCUCUGCAGCAGGUCCGGUGACAAGGCCAGGGGCGCCCUGCCGGGCGCCAUGAGGAGGGCCUUCUCCAUGCGGAGGCACCCCGCGGCUCCCGGCAAGGGCGACGGGCACUACUGGAGGAUCCACGACAUGGAGGGGGACAGCGACCACGGCGACGGCCACAAUGCGGCGGCCGAGGAGGAGCGCGGCGUGGAGAAGGAGCACGAGGAGAAGAAGGAGCCGCGGCGAGAGGAAGGUCGGCCGAAGGAGGAGGCCAAGACGAAGAAGAAGAGAGGCAACCACAACAUCCUCAAGGCGUGCAAGAAACUCUUCCGGUUGUGA